AUGUUUGUAGACGACGUGGGAGAAGAUGAUGACCAUGCGGGAAAGAAGCAACAAAAAAAAAAGUUAAAAACCCAAAACCACAAUGAUUUUGUUCGAAAAAGAACUGCAAGACUUAGAAGAACUUCCAUGGAAUUUCAUGUUUUUGAUAAUCGUGUGUGCUUGUUUCAUUUGACUCUGUUUGACCCGCAAAAGAAAAAAAAAUGCCGAAAACCGUCUAGUGAAGCAAAGAGAUGA